AUGGAAGAAUACUUUGACGAGUAUGACGAUCCGGGGAUCCAAUCACCCCCAAUAAGACGCGACCCGACGCCCAGUCGGCCAGCCAAGGCGGCAAAAAGCAAAAGAAGACCGUCCUCCGUUGUACAAUGUAACCUCUGCGACAAGAUUUUUGUAAGCGAAAGAGGUCUCAUCCAGCAUUAUGCGGUCCAUUCUCAGCAACGGCCGUUUGUCUGCGAGAUUUGCGACCGGGGCUUCCGGUUCCUUUCGAAUUUGCUAGAGCACAAGUCGCUCCAUCGCCCGUUCAUCCCGCACGUUUGCCCAAUUUGCGGCAAGGAAGCUCGUCUGAAGGGUAACCUGAAGAAACACAUGGAAACGCACCUCAACACUCGCGCCGAAGUGGAGCAGUUCUGGGGCCCCUACAGGGCAAAAUCAACGAAUCAUGCCAACAUACCCGACGACGCUCUGGUCGUGCGCUACACACAGGAAGCUUUGGAGGCCGCGAAAUUCGCUGCGGAUACCAGGAAUAGGAAACCCUUCUUGAGCAUUGACUCCUGGAUCGAGGCGAUCAAGAAGGGCGAAUUUUUCCCAGCAGUGGAGCUCAAAAUCAAGUUCAAGAUUAUGGAAGGCAAGAUCGGCAUCCGGAGGUUGACUGUAGAUGAACUGCAGGUGCGGAGCAAAGCAAUCCCGUUCGAGCGUUUCGACUGCGCGUUUUGUAUCGCGAUCUUCCACUCAUUGGCCGAGUGCGCGGACCACGUCAGGAGGCUGCAUCAGGACAAGCUGGCAGAGAAUAUUCCCUUUUGCAGGAUGUGCUGCCGACAAUUCAGGGAUAUGACCCACUUGGCAAACCACGAACGUUACCACGAAUUUGUGCGGUCUAUGGAGAAAGAUUGCCUGCUGCCGACCCCGCCACCGCUUCUGCGCCUCACCGACCAAGGUCUCAGCUACGGCGACGCCCCGGAGAUGAGGGCCACGAUCGAGGAAGUCCCCUUAACU